UUGUGAUGAUCUUUUGUACCUCCUGUCAAGCUUUGUGCCGUGUAGCUUGAACUUGGUUCCGGUCCUAAAAAGAGCCUCGGCAACUCUAACUACUAUCCACGAUGCGUCCCCGACGGUGUUAUAGAAACGACCAGUUUCCCCGACUUCUCGAUCAAAUUGAAUGGUAGCACUGAGUAAAACGCUUGGAAAGAUGAGCCAAAAGAAGAUCGAAUGCUACAUCGACUGCGUGUCUCCUUUUAGCUUUUUCGCCCUUUCUUAUCUCCGCCAGAAUAGAAAGGCCCUGACAGACUCGGAUGUAUCUGUCGAAUUUAUUCCGGUAUUCCUAGGGGGGAUUAACGUAGGCAGUGGAAAUAAACCGCCAUGGACGCUCCCAGCUAAAGCGCUCUACGCCAAGUACGACGGCCCAAGGGCCCAAAAGUACUUUGGAAAAAGCUUCAAAAUCCCACCCUUUUUCCCUAUACUCUCGCUACUGCCCCAACGUUGUCUUGUAUAUGCCAAGAAGCAAUACCCAGAGAAAUAUGAAGACUUCUUCGAAUCAUGUUUUGAAACUAUGUGGAAUGGGCAGCUUGAUAUUUCAAAGCCCGAAAAUCUCCUGAUUGCAGCACGCAAGGUGUUUGACGAGGCGCAAGCGCAGGAGAUCCUAAAAGGUGGAAAUGAUCCCGGGAUAAAGAAAACUCUGGCGGACAAUACUGAGCACGCCGUAAAAGCUCUUGGGGCAUUUGGCUGUCCGUGGUUCUGGGUGCAUGACGGGAAGGGGAAUGCUGAACCAUUUUUUGGAAGUGACCGGUUCCAUUUUAUGUGGGAUUACCUCGAUAUCCCUCAUCGAGACCUGGAGCUCAUGUCAGCCCCUGCAAAAUUAUGAAAACUCGAGAUAUUGCCUAGGACGAUAUGCGCAAGAAAUAUCCUCGAAUUUGACUUUUAUUUAGACCCCGUUGACGCGAAGAAUUAGCUGAAAUGAUGCUACCAAUUCGAGAGACAUAAUUCCGGCAGGAGGGCUCAAGGUUGCCAAUGCAACAUCUUCCUAGCGAAGUACGCACGAGGUCCCAAGUUAGAAGAGUUCUUUUUGCUUCGCGCUGUGAAAUGGGUGACAUGAAGGAGGAGCGCCUUUGGCUGGCUUAGUCUUCCCUGCGACUGGUUAGCGAACCUCAAGAAUAUCUAUACGCAAGCCCUGAUAUGUAACUAGGAAUAAAUAGAACUGCUAAAAAUCCUUCCAUGGG